GCCAGGCUGGCUGGCUGGCUGGCUAGCGUUUGGCGGUGUGGUGUGUGCGGUCGGACUGUGGUUGUGUUUCAGGUCUGGUCGUGUUGAUAACGACACACUUUGGACGCAUUUCAUCUUGGAGAGAUGGGAAUUUUGAAGAAAUGUCUCUAAAAGAAAUUGCCCUAACACUGCUUGCCCUGUUCGGGUUAGUGGCAGUCGGUAAUGCUCUACGUUGUAACUGCACGAACUGUGAGAAGACCAGCUAUGAGUGUGAAACGGAUGGCGCCUGCAUGGCCUCCACAUACUUCAACCAGGGGAAGGAGCAACACGUACGCAUUUGCAUCGACCGGGACAACCUGGUCCCCCCUGGACAACCUUUCUACUGUCUGAGUGCGGAAGGCCUGCUCAACACACAUUGCUGCUAUGUAGAUUACUGUAACAGUAUUGAAGUCCCUGUCCCAACAAAAGAGGGGGACUGGUCAGCCUCAUCGAGCUCCUGGGGGCCGGUGGAGCUGGUGGCGGUCAUCGCAGGGCCGGUGUUCCUUCUCUGUGUGCUGCUUAUGGUCGGCGUGUUCCUGUUCCAGUAUCACCAGAGGGCCUAUAGCCACAGGCAGAGGCUGGAGGUAGAGGACCCAUCAUGUGACCAUCUGUACUUGGCCAAGGACAAGACCCUGCAGGACCUCAUCUAUGACAUGUCCACCUCCGGAUCAGGCUCUGGUUUGCCCCUGUUUGUGCAGCGGACGGUGGCUAGGACCAUCGUGCUACAGGAGAUAAUAGGAAAGGGUCGUUUUGGUGAGGUGUGGAGAGGGAAGUGGAGGGGAGGAGAUGUGGCGGUGAAGAUCUUCUCAUCCAGAGAGGAGCGCUCCUGGUUCAGAGAGGCUGAGAUCUACCAGACAAUCAUGCUGCGGCACGAAAACAUCCUGGGAUUCAUUGCAGCAGACAAUAAAGACAAUGGAACAUGGACUCAGCUGUGGCUGGUGUCAGACUAUCAUGAGCACGGCUCUCUUUUUGACUACCUGAACCGCUACUCUGUCACCAUCGAGGGCAUGAUCAAACUGGCCCUGUCGGCUGCCAGCGGCCUAGCACACCUACACAUGGAGAUCCUCGGCACUCAGGGUAAGCCAGGCAUUGCUCACCGUGACCUUAAGUCUAAAAAUAUCCUGGUUAAGAAGAACGGCAUGUGUGCCAUAGCUGACCUCGGCCUGGCAGUCCGCCACGAGUCAAUCACAGACACAAUCGAUAUAGCACCGAACCAGCGCGUGGGCACUAAGAGGUACAUGGCUCCAGAAGUCCUGGACGAAACCAUCAACAUGAAACACUUUGAUUCCUUCAAGUGUGCUGACAUCUACGCGCUGGGCCUGGUGUACUGGGAGAUUGCACGCCGCUGCAACGCAGGAGGUAUCCACGAGGAGUACCAGCUGCCCUACUACGACCUUGUGCCCUCUGACCCCGCCAUAGAAGAGAUGAGGAAGGUGGUGUGUGACCAGAAACUGAGGCCCAAUGUGCCCAACUGGUGGCAGAGCUACGAGUCACUGCGUGUGAUGGGGAAGAUCAUGAGGGAGUGCUGGUAUGCCAACGGAGCAGCCAGACUGACAGCACUGCGCAUCAAGAAGACCCUGUCUCAGCUCAGUGUGGAGGAGGACGUCAAGAUGUGAGCGGCGAAAAGGCGUGCUGGAGACGCACAACCAGACCACCCUCCCAUAGGAAACGAACACUAAAGACAGACUGCAAAUGAAAACCCUGCCAGUUUUAAAGCCACACUCCAAGUUGUGACGAGGCCUACCUCACCUUUUUAGCCAAAACUACUGAGAAUCACCCGUCCCCUCUUGACUUUUCUCGCCCCAUCUCCUUUUCUCGCC